CUUCUUACUUCAAGAUAAUUUGUUCGAAACCCUAACAUUACCAAUUCCAUAAACACAGUCCAUAGCAUCAUGGAAUACAGAACCUUGGAACUCAACCUCACAUCAGCGAAAGAUCUCAAAGAUGUUAAUCUCUUCUCCAAGAUGGACGUCUACGCCGUCGUUUCACUCUCCGGCGAUCAACUCCACCAUCAAAAGACCAAGACCCCCGUCGACCGAGACGGCGGCGCCAACCCUACCUGGAAUUUCCCCAUCAAAUUCACCGUCAACGAAUCGCUCGCUCGCCAGAAUCGGUUGACCCUCGAAAUCAAUCUCCGGUGCCAGCGCACUCUCGGCGCCGACAAGGACAUCGGCCAGGUUCACAUCCCCGUCAAGGAGCUGCUCGACCAAACCGGCGACGGAAAAUCCUUCCAGCACGUCAGUUACCAGGUCAGAAGACCAUCCGGUAAGCCUAAGGGGGCCUUGAAUCUCUCAUACAAAAUCGGAGAAAAAGUCGCAGCUCCGGUGAAGGCGCCGCCGGUCUCGGCGGUGCCCAAGGCGGAGCCGGUCACGGCUUAUCCUCCUCCGGCGAUGGGAUCCACAUCGGCGACAUAUGCUGCGCCGUACCCAGGCGGAUAUCCUCCCCCGCCGCAACAAUAUGCUGCCGGAUAUGGGUACCCGCCGCCGCCACAGUAUCCACAGGCUCAACAGGGUUAUGGGUACCCGGCACAACCCGGGUACGGGUAUCCUCCUCAAGCCGGGUACGGUUAUCCUCAACAAGGCGGGUACGGGUACCCUCCUCAGGGUCAGAGACCGGGAAAGAACAAAUUUGGAAUGGGAUUGGGAGCGGGUUUGCUUGGUGGAGCGGUGGGUGGGCUUCUGAUUGGGGACAUGAUAUCUGAUGGAGGUGGCUAUGAUGCUGGCUAUGAUGCCGGUUUCGAUGAUGCUGGUGGUGGAUUUGAUUUUUAAUUUUCUUUUUUCUUUUUUCUUUGGGGUAGUUUGGUCUUGUAAACCUAUAGUAUAUAGAAUAUGCUGUUGCAGUUUACGCCGUUACUUUUCUGGUUUAUGAUAAUCGGGGGGUACAAGACUAGAAGUUUGUUUUUUUGUGUUUGUUCUAUUUAAGACUAUGUAAUUAACUGGUAUUAUAUGCUUUACAACUCUCUACUUCUACUUUAUUUCUUUUGGAAUUACAGCAUCUGAUCUCUAUAGCCAGAGGAACAAGGAUGUGAUAUCAUGU